GACUAUUCUGCUUUUCUAAGGCACUUAGAAACCGUACUUUUUAAAGUUAUUCACCAUCUUGAAUGUCUUGGGGCAAUGAUGUAUUACUGGCAUUACCUCUCAUACGAUAUGCUGGAGCAUGUGGCACUUCGACUUAACCUUGAUGGUGUCGAGCCGGAAAUGCAGAGGUUCAAAGAGGAUGCAGAAGAAUUCCGAAGGUGCACAACGAUGGCUGCCUUUUCCCAGACAGAGAAGAUGAAGAGGGUGUGCCCCCCACUAUAUUCUGAAAUUUAACCAAGUUCCAGUGGUCAGAAACAGACACACUGCGGCGACUAGAGGAGUUCAGGAUGGCUUUUUUGAGAAACUAUCAGCUUAACUGCUUCUCGAUGAUAUUGGGCUUUGUGGAAAUGAUUGAGCCAUCCCACUCCUUUAAUGUAACUUGGUUUAUACCACACGUAGUGACUAAAUUAUUGACUAGCCCACUUCCUGAGGCAUUGACUACCCAGUACGCUGUUAGCAACAUAGUAAGAUAUCUUGCUACUUCAGGAAAAGCAUCUCAUUUGAAUGAUUAUGUUUUAGGACUAACAGAGGGAAACUCGGAGAGUUUUAAAGCUCUCUCUCAUCCACUCACAAGUGAUAUUCUAAAACCUUAUCAAAAGGUUAUAGCAGAU